GUAGAUAUUUAAAUAUCACGUCUAGCUGCUCGUUCAUAUGGUGUUUUCUGUAUGCAGAUGUUUAUUUAACAGGGAAGGAGUCUCCAGUGUCAGCGCUUGUGUAUCAGACUGAGGUACAUUUUUCCAGACCCAGGACAAGCCUAGAGCUUCAGCGCCAUCUUUGAGUGAUUAAAGCAAACUCUGUGCUUGUCCAACCAGUCCAGCAAGACAGAGGGACAAUAACAGAGGGAGAAAAGCAGGAUAAUUAAGGAAGCAUUGGCUUGGUUGUGAUGAUGGUUGACACUGUGAGAUAAAUAAGCAGAGAGCAGUAGUGAGAGAGAGAGAGAGAGAGACAGACAGACAGACAGACAAAGACAAAGAUAGAAAGCGAGAAUAUUUAACGCUAAGUAGGAUAAGAUUUCUUUUCUUUCCACUUUUAUUCCACUUGCUAAUGGAGACCACGGAGGUCAACAUACAGGCAGAGCAUGGAGAUAAUCCCCCUCCGUACUACUUGGUGAUAAAACCCAUUGAUCCCCCUCCUCCAUACACAAGGGUUCAGCCAUUACCAGAAGCCCCUCCAGCUGUCCCCUACUACACCCAACCUCUUCCUCAUGUCCUUGCUCCUCAUGUACCUCAACGUGUCAUCACUACCAGGCUAGAAGAUCCACCAGACCAGAGGCAGGGCAGACUGGUAGUGAUGCGGCAUAAAAAAGCCCGCUGCUAUGGAGGCUCAGGUGGUUCUGCCUUUAUUUUAGUUCUUUUUGGAAUUGCAAUCUGGCUAGGAGUGCGAUAUGGCAUGGCAGUGAUGUCCAGAGGGAAGUCGGACACAUGUCCAUCCAAUGCCAUCGUCUGUGACGGACACACUGAUUGCCAACGUGGCAGUGACGAGACGAUCUGCGUGAGGUUUGGAGGAGGCAAUGAACUUCAGGUCAUGACCUCUAACUCCAGUGGCUUCCUUCCUGUCUGCUAUGCUGACUGGAAUCAGAACCUGGCUACCCAGACCUGUGAGCAGCUUGGCUUCAGAGGAAGUUACCGGUAUGGAGCCUUAACAUCGACCUCAACCUCAUUUCUCUUUGUGACCUCUCAAUCCUCAGACACCAUACAGGGAAAGGUUAACGUCGGCACAUCAUGUCCUGAGAAAAAGACAGCGUUUCUCCAGUGCAGUGACUGCGGCCGUCCACAGACCAGCUCAAGGAUCAUUGGAGGAAGUGUGGCGCCUUCGGGUCAGUGGCCCUGGCAGGCCAGCCUGCAUUUCGAGGGUUCUCAUGUGUGCGGAGGCUCAGUGGUGUCGCAGGAUUUCAUAGUGAGUGCUGCACACUGCUUUCCCAGUGACCUCACUUCCGGGCAGGUGGAAGUUCAGUGGCUUGUGUACCUGGGGGUGGAGACACAGUACAUGCUGCCACCACCGCAUCAUGUAGCUGACAUCAUCAUACACGAGUCCUACAACACCAACACACACGACAACGACAUCGCACUGCUUAAACUCACUCAGCCCAUCAACUUCACCAGUACGGUCAAGCCUGUAUGUCUUCCUGCGUAUGACCAGGUCAUCACUGCAGACACACAGUGCUGGACUACAGGAUUUGGAGCCACGCAGGAAGGAGAAGCCAUUGGUUCAAGUCAGCUGAUGGAAGUAGCAGUAGGUAUCAUUGACAUGUCUGUGUGCAACAACGCAUACAAAGGUCUCAUCUCUAACAAUAUGCUGUGCGCAGGAGAUAUGAAUGGGAUGAGAGACGCCUGCCAGGGUGACAGUGGAGGUCCUCUAGUGUGUCAGGAGAAAGACGGGCGCUGGUAUCUCUAUGGUGUGACAAGCUGGGGGAGUGGGUGUGGCCGCCGGAACAGCCCAGGAGUCUACAGCAACGUACACAGCCUUCUAUCUUGGGUCCACAGCAAGAUGGAGCAAGACAGGCCAUGAACACGCUGCUGUCUGAAGACACUUUACAACUACACCUGCACUGUGAAGACCAUCGUUUAACAUCUUCACCUUCACCUUGUUAGGAAUUCCACCUUAAUUCUCCAUCAAUAGAACAGAAACACGUUAGCUCUCGAGCUGUGUUUGGUUCGCUUCUCAUCAGGGAUUGUUCUCAUUUCGACGCAUGCAUUAAAAUGGGUCUUGAAUAUUAUGGUUUCACCUCAAGCACCAUCACUGCAUAUUAUAUUGGCUGUAAGGCGUCUCCCACCUCAACCCUGUCCCAGCAUGUGAUCUGCAUCUCUCCUGAUUGGCUCAUGAAAUAGUUUAAGAAGAAUAAUAAACAUCCUUGGGUCUGCAGUCUUCUUGCUCUGUGGUUCCACUGACGUCCUCUAGUGGCACAACACCACAGUGGUGCAUUUAAACCUAAUAAAAGAAUGAAAAGUUGCAGAACUCAUCUUGAUAUCUUCAUCACAAUGCUAUGUUUCUUCAGUGGCACUGUGACUGCACUCUAUACACUGAAUAAAGAUUU